AUGCGUGCAUCCUUCUCUCUCUUCGCUUCUUCCUCCAGCAGCGGCAGCACGGAGAGUCGCGCGAGUCCUUCCUUCAAGUUCACCCCCGCGCCGCAUUCUGGCUACCAUCGUCGUCGCCUUAAUAACACCAACACCAACACCAACAAGAACGAUUCGUUCUUCGAAGGGUGGUAUUUCCGCCUGUCGAUUUCGCGAGAGCAAUCCGCCUCUUUGAUUUACCACGUGUACGACCCGGACGAUAGGAGUUCGAAGAGACACUCCGCCGGGGCACAAAUUAUUGCACCAGAUGGAGAGUACGUGUAUAAGGAGACACGCGAGGUGGGGAAGAGUUUCCACGCGGAAGGACACGAAUUGGCGUUACGGUUAGACUUUUUAGACGACGACCACUCCGAGAUUACGCCAAAAAUAGACGAAAAGAGAAGACGAGCAGAUUUUUACCGAGUGAGCGAGAGAGGCACGAAACACGCGGGGUAUUUGUCCACGAACGAAAGCAACAGAAACGAUAUGGAAAGUGAAGAUUCGCCGUGGAAAAGUUCCGCGGUUUUAAAGUACAUCGAAUGGGACAUCGACGUGACGCCGUUGAAAACGUACGGGUCCGGGAACGGAGGAGGCUCGGCGGGGAAAGAGAAGGAAAACGAUGGUGGUGUUUCGCCCGCGGGAUGGUUGACAUCGUUACCGCUACUCGAACCGCACUAUCAGAUUUUGUUUGCGCACGCGAUAGCUAGUGGGUACGUGGAGUGCGAUGGUAAGAGGACGGAGUUUACCGAUGUUCCGUUCUACGCGGAGAAAAAUUGGGGCGGCGGAGGGUUCCCUCGUAAAUGGUUUUGGAUGCAAUGUAAUUCGUUUCCUCAGUAUCCAGACUUAUCUGUAGUAUGCACCGGUGCAAAUCGAGGAGUGGUCAUCUCUCCAGGCACGUACGAAGACGUCGGAAUGGUUGCGAUUCACUAUGGAGAUUUGUUCGUGCAGUUUUCUCCGGUCGGCGCGAACAAGUCGACGAAAACGAACAGUUCAUACGUCGGUGAGAACGUUCUUGUGAAAUCGACGACGUUUGAAUGGAAAGUACAUCCGUGGGGACGCUGGGAAGUUGUCGCGAAAGGCGACGGCUACGAGUGCAUCGUCACGGGCGCGUGCGAGCAAGAUUUGACCAAAUGUAAAACCACCGUCCUUCGCGCUCCGGCGCCUGAUACCGAAUCCGGCAUGUUACCUUUGUGUCGCGAAACGUUUUCGGGCGACAUGACGGUCAGUCUGUAUAAAAUCAACGCCAAGAAGGAACGAAAACCGAUAUUCGAAAACGCGUCGAGUGGCUCCACCGCCUGUCUGGAAGUCGGCGGCGGCCCCUGGGAAGCGCCUUGGGAAAUCCAAGCCGACGUGAAGGAUCCUCUCGCCGGCGCUUUAGCGAUGACGGACGUAAACGUGGAAUUAGUGCAAAGCGUCGGUAAGUUUUUCGGGUUGGACGUCAUUCCGGGUUUGUGA